AUGGAUGCCUUUGAGUACAACCCCAAUCCCGGCCGCGUCCUCUUUGGCAGCGGCACCUUGCAGAAACUCCCCGAUGAGAUUGCCCGUCUGCAAGUCAAGGCUCCUCUGGUGCUGUCAACACCGCAGCAGAUCAACCAGGCCGACAGCGUCAAGGAUGUGCUGAAGGGCAAGGUUGCCGGAAUCUUCAGCGAGGCUACCAUGCACACUCCGACUCAUAUCACCGACAAGGCUGUCGAGUAUGCGAAGGCGCAGGGCGCCGACUCGGUCAUCUCCAUCGGUGGUGGAAGCACCAUCGGUUUGGGCAAGGCGAUUAGCAUUCGCACUGGACUACCCCACAUCUGCAUCCCGACGACCUAUGCCGGCAGUGAAAUGACGCCCAUCCUGGGUGAGACGGCCGAUGGCUUGAAGAAGACUCGGUCCGAUCCGAAGAUUCUCCCCGGGACGGUGAUCUACGAUGUGGACCUGACUAUGACCCUGCCCGCGGCCAUGAGUGCCACAAGCGGUGUCAACGCCAUUGCUCAUGCCGUGGAGGCACUCUACGCCCGCAACACCAACCCCAUAAUCAACAUGAUGGCCAUCGAGGGCACCCGGGCUCUUGCCUCUGCUCUCCCCGAAAUUGUUGAGAACCCCUCGUCUCAAUCAGCCCGGUCCCGUGCUCUGUACGGCGCCUGGCUCUGUGGAACCUGCCUGGGCAGCGUGGGCAUGUCCAUCCACCACAAGCUGUGCCACACUCUCGGUGGCAGCUUCAACCUUCCUCACGCAGAGACUCAUACCGCCGUUCUCCCUCAUGCCAUCUCUUAUAAUGCCCCCAGCAUCCCCGAGGCUAUGGAGCAGCUCGCAGACGCCCUCCCGGAGAGCAACGGCGAUGCAAUCCACGGCCUGAACGUCCUGCUGACCAAGCUCAAGGUUAAGCGUGAUCUCAAGGCCUUCGGCAUGAAGGAGGAAGAUGUGGACAAGGCUGCAGAUAUCGCAGUGUCUAACGCAUACUGGAACCCGCGUGCUAUUGAGCGCACGCCGAUUCGCGAGCUGAUCCGCAGAGUCUGGGCGGGCGAGCCGGCGCGUGCGGACUUGUAA